CUGACAGAAUGACCCCGGGCUUUGUUAACCUUCCCCUGCAGCUGACCUUGCUGACCUUGCUGACCUGUAGCCAUACAUUGACUGGGUUCACAUUCCCAGCCACAAAGUAGCCAGGCCUGGUUACAAGCUACACUGUUUCCUGAGGUCUGAUCUUAGCCAGGCUAGCAUCAGGCAGCCUAACUAUUCACAGAGUCUUUACUCAUAGCCCAGGGCACAUAGCUUACUACAACAUCAAGGCCAUCUGCUGCUGGGACCUGGAUUGACACCUUUAGCAGGAAAGCAUCCUGUAGGUUAUGGACUUGUAGGCUAUGCUCAGCUAGGGUUAUGUCUCAUACACUGAAAGGCAAAGCUGAGUGGGAGAGGACACUUCACUUUAAACAUGGCCUCUGUCUCAAGUGUCACCUGCACUUUUCCUUAGUUGCAUCCUGGGCCUGCGGCCUGGCAGUCCCUGCCCCUUCCACACCAGGAGCUGGCUCACCCACAGCUCUUUUGUAAGGCAGCAGACACUGGCGCCUGGUAGCCAUCUCUUGAUCUCCUGACCAGACCAGGCUCUUAUUACCCUGCCUCCUGGGUCAGGAGGUCAGACAGAGGGUCACACAGACUUUUUCCUUCCUGUCUCUGAGAAAACCACUCCCUGGGGACCUCUGGAGCCACAGAAAGGGUUUGGAGAGGCAGAUUCCAGGCAGGGCCUUUGUCUUGCCACCAGCUUUGAUCUCCCUGCCCUCCCCCACAGUAGUGGGGCCUCUAGUUCAGUUAAAGAAUGGAUGCUGGCCUUCAUGGUGGGCUGUUGGGGCAAGGCUUGAAUGUUCUUAGAUCCCUGAGCAACAUCUAGGAUGCUUGCUCUUUGAAAGAUGCACUUGGCCACGCCUUGAGACAGCCAUGUCUCUAGGCCUGCAUGUGGUCGUGUGGUCGGCUGGGUGGCUUCUCUGUGCUCUUGUCUACACUGUGUACCACAGUCACUGACAUGAGACUCUCUGUAGCCAGUGCACAUGGGUCAUCGGCUUCCACUCAGGCGAGAUAGCCGCUUCAUUUACUUUGUACCUGCUCUGCCCAUGUGAAGGAACUAAGUGGCAUAGACCCUAGCUAGAAGCCAGGAGCCCAGUUUUAGAGAAACGGGUAUGUCUGGGAGGAUGAGCUGUAUGUACCCUCAGCUGGUGAGAUGUCAAGACCUAGCAGAAUCUGAGACAGUAUGUUCUUAUGUAACCAAACAGGCCUGGAAUUUGCUGUGUAGCUUUGGGCUGGCCUCAAUCUGGACCCUCUUGUGUAGCACCUCCCCAGUGCUGGGAUUACAAGUGUGUGCCACAGAAGCCAAGUAGCCUAGCAGGUCUUUUUAUUCUAUGCCAAGGCCUUUUGGCAAGUGUGACACUUGAAGGGGGCCGGAAGAGAACAGACCCUCUACCAUUCGCCAGUGGAAGAUGUGCCUUACCUAUAGUUAUGAUGGGUGUGGCCCUCGGCUGCCUUUGGAGAAAGUCUAGGCUGAUAGCUGAGGCUGGACCGAGGCCCUGCCCAACCUCACUGAAUGAGAGACUGAAGAACUGAGGACAAAAGCCGAAAUUUACCAGUCCUGCCCCUCCUCCCUGAAUAGAGGGUGGGAGGGUCUUUAAGGAGACUUUGAUCCCUGUUGGGCUCCAGCUUGUAGUGGGAGGGGCUCAGGUUACAGCGUCCCCCUCCCUGAUUUAGCUGGCCCUUCUCCGCCCCUUGGUGACCCUAGUGGUCAGUUGCUCUGGGCUUCAGGGCCUCUGGCCCCUCCCCAGCCCUUCCUCUUCUUCUAUUCCCAGUCCUAUGCUGACCAGAGCCUGGGAGCCACCCACAGUGGUUGGGAGAGGGCCAGCCAGUAUUUUGUGGACAGGUUCUGAGAGGCCCCAGAAUAACUAUCCAGGGUUCCAGAGAAGAGCAUCAUCCGUGAGCUCCAGCCUUGCGGGGUCCAAGAGUCACAGGAGAGGGUCCUUUGAGGUAGGGGUUGUGAUCCUGGGCCCAGGACCCUAUAGGGUGGAUGCCUAUAGGGAGUCUCAGCUGGUGGCCACACACUUCCACCCCCUGGCCCGGUGGUCCCCAUGCCUGCCCCACGGCCACUCCUGCCUCUGCUCUUUGUCUUCGUGCUCAUCCAUCUGACCUCGGAAACUAACCUGCUGCCAGAGCCUGGAAGCCAUCCCGGCAUGUGCCCCAACCAGCUCAGCCCCCACCUGUGGGUGGACGCCCAGAGCACCUGUGAGCGCGAAUGUACCAGGGACCAGGACUGUGUGGCAUCCGAGAAGUGCUGCACCAAUGUGUGUGGGCUGCAGAGCUGCGUGGCUGCCCGCUUCCCCAGUGGUGGCCCAGUGGUACCUGAGCCGGCAGCAUCCUGUGAAGGCUUCCAAUGCCCACAACAGGGUUCUGACUGUGACAUCUGGGAUGGGCAGCCAGUUUGUCGCUGCCGUGACCGCUGUGAGAAAGAACCCAGCUUCACAUGUGCUUCUGAUGGCCUUACCUAUUACAACCGCUGCUACAUGGACGCAGAAGCCUGCCUGCGGGGUCUCCACCUGCAUGUUGUACCCUGUAAGCACAUCCUCAGUUGGCCACCCAGCAGCCCAGGACCACCUGAGACCACUGCUCGCCCAACCCCUGGGGCCACUCCCAUGCCACCUGCCCUGUACAACAGCCCCUCGCCACAGGCAGUGCAUGUUGGGGGAACAGCCAGCCUCCACUGUGAUGUCAGUGGCCGUCCACCACCUUCUGUGACCUGGGAGAAGCAGAGCCAUCAGCGAGAGAACCUGAUCAUGCGCCCUGACCAAAUGUAUGGCAAUGUGGUUGUCACCAGUAUUGGACAGCUAGUACUCUACAAUGCUCAGUUGGAGGAUGCGGGCCUGUAUACCUGCACUGCACGAAAUGCUGCUGGCCUGCUGCGGGCUGACUUUCCCCUUUCCGUUUUGCAGCGGACAACUACUCAGGACAGGGAUCUAGGUGUCCUGACCCUGGCUGAAUGCCAGCCCGACACACAAGCCUGUGUUGGGCCACCUACUCCCCAUCAUGUCCUUUGGCGCUUUGACCCACAGCGAGGCAGCUGCAUGACAUUCCCAGCCCUCAAAUGUGACGGGGCUGCCCGGGGCUUCGAGACCUAUGAGGCAUGCCAACAAGCCUGUGUCCGUGGCCCUGGAGAUGUCUGUGCACUGCCUGCAGUUCAGGGCCCCUGCCAGGGCUGGGAGCCACGCUGGGCCUACAGCCCACUGCUGCAGCAGUGCCACCCCUUUGUAUACAGCGGCUGUGAAGGAAACAGCAAUAACUUUGAGAGCCGGGAGAGCUGUGAGGAUGCUUGCCCUGUUCCACGCACACCACCCUGUCGUGCCUGCCGCCUCAAGAGCAAGCUGGCUCUGAGCUUGUGCCGCAGUGACUUUGCCAUUGUGGGUAGACUCACAGAAGUUCUGGAGGAGCCUGAGGCUGCAGGCGGCAUUGCUCGUGUGGCCUUGGAUGAUGUGCUAAAGGACGACAAGAUGGGCCUCAAGUUCUUGGGCACCAAAUACCUGGAGGUGACAUUGAGUGGCAUGGACUGGGCCUGCCCAUGCCCCAAUGUCACAGUUGGCGAUGGGCCACUGGUAAUCAUGGGUGAGGUGCGUGAAGGUGUGGCUGUGCUGGACGCCAACAGCUAUGUUCGUGCUGCCAGCGAGAAGCGAGUCAAGAAGAUUGUGGAACUGCUUGAGAAAAAGGCUUGUGAACUGCUCAACCGCUUCCAAGACUAGCUUUAUGCAUAAUCCCUAUCCCUGCCCUCCUUCCUGCUGAAUAAAUGUCUUUGCCUGUGGGA